CAGCGCGCCGCAAUGCGCAGGCGCGGCGCAGGCUCCGCCGAGGCGGCCCAAGAUGGCGGCGCGCUGGAGCAGCGAGAAUGUGGUGGUGGAGUUCCGCGACGCCCAGGCCUAACAUACGAUAUUGCCACUUCCCACACGUCUUUCCUCAUUUCCUUUUGCUGGAGGAGCUCAAGGCCAGCGCGGAUGGGGCCCUGAGCAGCCUGGGCUGGUGAAAGAUGCCUGCGUGUGGCAGGGGGUUCGAAUGAGAGGAGCUUUAAGGUCUCUUCCAACCCAAACCGGUCUAUGCUUCUGUCACUUUUCACGGAGACUGUUACAGCUGUCUCACUGACAAAUAAAUUGCUGAGUGUUGUUGAUUAAAAUAAAAAGUGGCUUGUAUUUUUUUUUUUUUUUUGUAAAUGGUAAAAAGGUCGGCUUUUGUUUUUGAAGCUGAUGGUGAUAGUAGAACUCCGCUCAGAGUUUGUUUGCUCACAUGCUGUUGUAGAAGUUGUUCUUACAUUCUUGGAAGUGUUCAUGGCUAGGCUGGACAGGGCUUGAAGCAGCCUAGUGAAGGUGUUCCUGUCCGUGAGAGGGAUUUGGAGCAAAAUUAUAUUUAAUGUCCCUUCCAACCCAAGGCAUUCUAGGAUUCUAUGAUUAUGUUCUAAGAAAUGUGAGGGUCUUAUGGUGUUGGCAAUAGCUUAACAAAACUAGAUACAGUGGGGGAACUAUGAGAUACUUCAGCAGGAAAGCCAGAAAGAUUAAAAAAAAUAGGUCUGGAAGCUGUUUUGUCUCAUUUGUCUUCUUGUGCUGGAGCAGUAAGGGCUCUGCCUUCGCCAUUGCAAACAGAAGAUUUGAAUCCUGUGUUCUGCAUCCAGCCUACCCUAUGCGACUGCGAUGUCAGUGGAUUGCCUGGGACAGCGUGCUGUGCUCUCGGGCCGCCGUUUCCUCUACAUCGUCAACCUGGAUGCACCAAACGAGGGUCACCGGAAGAUCUCCCGGCAGAGCAAGUGGGACAUUGGGGCGGUGCAGUGGAACCCCCAUGACAGCUACGCCUACUACUUUGCAGCUUCAAGCAAUCAGCGCGUUGACCUGUAUAAGUGGAAGGAAGGUAAUGGGGAAGUUUGCACAUCUCUGCAAGGACACACACGUGUGAUCAGUGACCUGGACUGGGCAGUGUUUGAGCCAGACCUACUGGUCACCAGUUCUGUGGACACAUACAUCUAUAUCUGGGACAUCAAAGACACCAGGAAGCCCACGGUCUCACUCUCUGCAGUUGCUGGAGCUUCCCAAGUGAAAUGGAACAAGAAAAAUGCCAACUGUUUAGCAACAAGCCACGAUGGAGAUGUCCGAAUAUGGGACAAAAGGAAACCCAGCACUGCAGUGGAGUAUUUGGCAGCUCAUCUCUCCAAAAUCCACGGUCUGGACUGGCAUCCUGACAAUGAGUAUACACUGGCCACUUCCAGCCAGGACAACUCUGUCAGGUUCUGGGAUUACCGUCAGCCUCGGAAAUACCUCAAUAUCCUUCCCUGCCAGGUUCCUGUCUGGAAGGCAAGAUACACGCCUUUCAGCAAUGGACUGGUGACAGUGAUGGUCCCCCAGCUCCGUCGGGAAAACAGUCUCCUCCUCUGGAAUGUCUUUGACCUGAACACGCCUGUCCACACUUUCGUAGGACAUGACGAUGUGGUGCUGGAGUUUCAGUGGAGAAAGCAGAAAGAAGGCUCUAAAGAUUACCAGCUGGUUACGUGGUCGCGGGAUCAGACCCUGCGCAUGUGGCGGAUUGACUCUCAGUUGCAGAGGCUCUGUGCUAAUGAUAUCCUGGAUGGAGUUGAGGACCUCAUUGAUGGGAUUUCUCAUCUGCCAGAGCCAGACAAGACCCUUCACCCCCAGGACACGGAGCCCCAGCAUAACUCUGGACAUGGGGAUGAAGAAGCCCUAAAAGAAGAUUUCCUGAAUGACCCCCUGGUGGGAAAGAAAACGGACCAACUGGGGCUGCCUCAAACACUGCAGCAGGAGUUUUCACUGAUCAAUGUGCAGAUCCGAAAUGUCAAUGUGGAGAUGGAUGCAGUGAGUCGCAGCUGUACGGUGUCGGUGCACUGCGGCAACCACAGAGUCAGGAUGCUGGUGAUGUUCCCUGUCCAGUAUCCCAAUAAUGCUGCACCAUCCUUCCAGUUCAUCAACCCAACCUCCAUCACGGCUUCCAUGAAGGCAAAGCUGCUGAAGAUACUGAAGGACACUUCCCUGCAGAAAGUGAAGCGGAACCAGAGCUGCCUGGAGCCUUGCCUGCGUCAGCUGGUCUCCUGGCUGGAGUCUGUUGUGAACCAAGAGGACAGCACGUCCAGCAAUCCCUACGCUUUGUCCAACUCUGUAACACCCCCCUUGCCCACGUUCGCCCGCGUCUCCAAUGCCUACGGCUCCUACCAGGACUCGAAUGUCCCAUUUCCACGGACCUCUGGAGCCAGGUUCUGUGGUGCAGGGUACCUGGUGUAUUUCACAAGGCCGAUGACCAUGCACCGUGCCGUGUCCCCGAUGGAGCCCACACCCAGGUCUCUGUCAGCUUUAUCAGCAUACCACAGUGGCCUCAUUACUCCAAUGAAGAUCCGCACGGAGACUCCGGGCAACCUGCGCUUGUACAGUGGGAGCCCAACACGCAGUGAGAAGGAGCAGGUCUCCAUUAGCUCCUUCUACUACAAAGAAAGGAAAUCAAGGAGAUGGAAAAGCAAACGAGAGGGGACAGAUGCCAAUAACCGACCCAUCAAAGCUGCUGGGAAAGUUAUUAUCCAAGAUAUUUCCUGCUUGCUGCCUGUCCACAAGCUGCUGGGAGAACUCUACAUACUGAACGUGAAUAACAUCCAGGAGACUUGCCAGAAGAAUGCUGCCUCAGCCUUGGCUGUGGGGCGGAGGGAUCUCGUACAGGUUUGGUCACUGGCCAUGGUAGCCACUGAUCUCUGUCUUGGACCGAAGUCUGACCCAGAUUUAGAGAUACCUUGGGCACAACAUCCAUUUGGACGUCAAUUACUGGAGUCCUUGCUGGCUCAUUACUCACAGCUCCAUGAUGUACAGACCCUAGCCAUGCUCUGCAGUGUGUUUGAAGCCCAGUCCAGGCUCCAGGGAUGCCCCAACUCUUGUGUCCCCUUUCCUCAGCGUGCCUCCAACCUGGCCUCCCACAGCCGAUACCCCAGCUUUACUUCCUCAGGCUCCUGUUCCAGCAUGUCAGAUCCCGGGAUUGGCACUGGAGGCUGGAGCAUAGCAAACAAAGACACAGAGCAGACCUCCACUCCCUGGUGCGAGUCUUCUCCAGAUGACUUCCGCUAUGGAAACCUAACGUAUCCUGAUCCUCGGGAGAGGGAGAAGGACCAGCAUGAGAAAAACAAAAGGUUGCUGGAUCCUGCCAACACUCAGCAAUUUGAUGACUUUAAGAAGUGCUAUGGAGAAAUCCUGUAUCGCUGGGGCCUGCGAGAGAAGCGGGCUGAGGUUCUGAAGUUUGUCUCGUGUCCUCCUGAUCCCCACAAGGGAAUUGAGUUCGGCGUGUACUGCAGCCACUGCCGCAGCGAGGUGCGCGGCACCCAGUGCGCCGUCUGCAAGGGCUUCACCUUCCAGUGCGCCAUCUGCCACGUGGCCGUGCGGGGCUCCUCCAACUUCUGCCUCACCUGCGGCCACGGAGGCCACACCAGCCACAUGAUGGAGUGGUUUCGCACCCAGGAGGUCUGUCCCACAGGCUGUGGGUGCCACUGCCUGCUCGAGAGCACCUUCUGAGCAGUGGGGACAGCGAGCCACCCGGGAACUGACUGAAUAUUUCAUUCCCAAGCCAUGUUGAGUCAGCUCUGCUCCACUCUGUCUGGACGAGAUCGCCACAAGGAGCUGAAACAGGACAUCCUGGUAAUGUGCUGUGGUGAUGUUUACAAGUGCUUCCUUUACUCCUACGCUUCCCAGGUUGCUUUCAGACCAAUUUGACCAAAUUCCCUGUGUCCAUUGCUGGCAAUGGAUGUCAGAACUGAAAAAUUGCUCUCUCCUGCAGAAGGGUGUGUGAAUAUUGGUUAGUUUGGGAUUAAGAGGUUUUUGAAAGCUCCCCUGGAAGGGGCCCACCUGGCAGACCCAAACUCGCUUCAGCAAUGUAGAGUCUUUUCUAGGUGCCUCCUUACAAGGGUUCAAACUGAGCAAAACAAUUGAUUUACACAAUUAAAGCAGAAAUAAUUCUCAAGCAACAGUAAGCUCUGAAGGUGAGUUGCAAAUGGCGCUUGAAGAGGAAAUAGUCCAUGGAACUGUGCUCAGAGUUUCUCUGGAAGCAGCAGGGUCCUUAUUUUGAAUGGCUGUUUACAUCGUUUAGAUUUCCCUACAAAGCAAGAAAAGGAAAUGGCAUUUUUCAGGAUUACAUCUUAAAUAAUUUCUGCUCACUAGUCAGUACCUGUGAAAAGCCUAGACAAGCACCCAAGGUCCCUGUAAUUAGUUGCUUCCAGCAGUUUUAGUACUGUUAGGCUUUAAGGUGUCUCCAUCUCCUGCUCUGACCAGGUGAUAAAAUGCACUUUAACUUGUCCCUGUCUUGGUGUGACGCUUCUGGUCACUGGGAAAGGCAUAUGCCUUUUGAGUUUGGGAUCUACGCUGUCUUUAAGAUGUGGUGUUUUGGAAAGCCUUUGCUCCCUCACUGAGAACACACAUAGGGGACACUUACUCAAUACAGCUCUUUUAGGUUGUUGUUUCCAAGCUCUACGGGAAAAAUUAGGGUUAAUUUGAGAUUUGCUGCUGCUGGAGUGACAAAGCUCUUGAACAGGGAAGUGGCAGAUUCUAGGGAAAAAGGGAGUUUGGAAGAAUGGUGGAAUCCAUGGAGGCAAAAGGUUUAUGACUUUCCUCACUGUGAAGCAUCAACUGGAGAAUGUACUGAUGGAUCUGUCUGUUUGGGGCUGUGCCUGCCAGGCACUCCCAGCACAGGGAUGCUGCUGUGCAGUGUGUGCACACCUGGAUCAUGCAGCCUGUGCCUCUCCAGGGCUGGCUUCAGCCUGAGCUUUGAAUUUGGGCAAAUGUGUGCUCAGGGAUGAGCCAGCUGGAGCUAUCCCCACCUGUACCAGCACUGAUCCCUUCUCCCACGCUUGCCUGCUGAGUGGUGCCGUGUGCCAUGCCCGUUCCCAACCCCUGUGCUAGCUCAGGCAGUGGGAUCCUGCUUUGGAAUAAACAGAUGAUGUAUCUUAAACAAAACAUUAAAAUUAUUUUUUUUAAGUGCUGUUCUG